AUGGGAAUUACUGCUUUCUUCUUGUAGCUUGUUGGUAUGUUUACAACAGACAAAGAAGGAGACAAGGCUAGCUUUACAGAACACACCCAGAAAUACUUGUCAAAGGGAUACGACACAAUCAAGGUGUAUCACAAAGAGCUAGAAAAAGUCCCAGAAUUCCAAGGCUUCAGCGACUUUAUCGCAACCUUCCCCCUUCGUCGUGGAAAGACAAAGUCUCACAAGAACGAUGACGAAGACGAAGGAGCGGUCGGUGAAUUCAAGGGAGCUUUCCGUAUUUACCCUAUUCCUGAUGAGAUGCCGGAUACAGAUCUUCCCGAAACAAUGUUCACUAACCUCCCCAGUAGCCUACCGAUCGAAUGCACAGUUCGAGUCUACGUUGUUCUG